GUCAUUCAGUAGACUGCCGACCUUCAGGCCAGUCGUACCGAAACGUCCCUGGGUAUUUGUUCCAAAAAAUUCUCGCCCCCUCUUGCAUCUAUCGGUUGGAAACGUGUUUUUUUAUUAGUAACAGCAACCCGUGCAAAGUUUCAACGCGGUAUAGACGAUAUCGACAAAGACAUUUUUGUUUUUAAACAAUCACGAAUUGAUCUUGACGGCCGGGUUGGGCAAUUGUGUAGAACAAGGUCCCGCACGUCGCGGAGGUCAUUUCCAUCCGAGUCACGAAAUUGUCUUGUUUUUCAAACACAUUUUUCGUGACUUGCCAGUCCCAAUCAAGAAUUAUAUAUCGUUUGUAUUGAUUUGGAUACAUACAGACUACAGAGAGAGAGGAGGGCUGGUCCAGCACAGUCAUCUGCUUCUCCUCGUGCCAGAGGUUUUUUAAUACAUUCCCGAUUGUUUCCCCGUGUUGUGUGCCAUUUAUAUAAUACGCUAAAAUUUUUGUGGCUGGCGGCGUCGUGUGUGCAUUGUUAUAUUCCUUUGACGUAUAUUCAAACAAGUGCUGGUGAGUGUGGAAAUCAAGAAGGCGCAGACAUUUGCCCUUCGUCAACAUCAUCACAGUCGCUCUCCGCCGCUAGCUAAGCUGCGGCUGGCUGCUGUUCCGGCCCGAAUGUAUUGAAUUACCUUCUCUACUUCACUCAGUCGGUUGUCCCACUUUGUGUCCGUUACACCACAAGAAAGCCAGCCAGCCAACCAACCACAGCAGCACGAACCAAUAUUGAAUUUUCCAAUCAUCGUGAUGCCGUCAUCAAUCGUCACCAGUUUCUACUUCCUACUCUGCUGCUGCUGUUGCGUCGUGUUAGCCAAGAGCGGGAGCACGCGCCGCAGCGCCAGUGUCGUGGUGGAUUCGGUCGGAGGACAUCACGUUGCCGUCAGGAAAGUAGUGCCGGAAGGCUCUCAGGUGAGCCUCCAGUGUCGAGUGCCUGUCAAUAGCCAACUCUCACGAAUGAUGGAUCUGAUUGAGCCGUCGCUCGUCUCCAAUCCCGUCAUCUGGCUCAGAUUCGACAUGAAAGAUCCGUCCAACCAGGAGGUUAUCUCUCACGGUGACACUCUGCUGAUUGACACCAAUCCUCGACUUCGUCUGACCUUCCAAGAGGACACCCGAACCUCUACGCUCAUUAUUGACAAAGCUCAGGUGCAAGAUGGUGGAAUAUUCCAAUGCCAAGUGUUUGUACGAGAUGAAGUGGUGCCCAGCUCACCAAUCGAAGUGGUGAUAAUCGAAGCUCGCUCAGGGUCUACAACAACAUCUGGCACGCCCAGCAGCCAUCAGAAGGCCAGCAGUCUCAUCACGGCGGCCCAUUAUUACAGUUGCCUGAUCCUCCUCUUUAUGACGCUCCAGGUGAUUCGUUAUUAGACUUCUACCUACUCUCUAUUCUACUCUACUCUCUCAAGAUGAUAUUUUUCUUUCGGGGUUAUUUGAUGGCGAUAAGAAAAAAAAAAGAAAUACGAAAUAACCGUAUAUGUAAAUGUACAUUUUCAGUUAUUAUUAUUAUUAUUAUUGUGAGUGUGUGUGUGUUCUCCAGCAUCUCUUUUCCCUUUUAAAUUAUGUGUAACACGUUUAAUGAGCUUUACAUGAAUAUGGAAAUCAUAAUAAAAAAAUCCCAUGUGGGAAAAAACGACA